AUCUCCAGGGAAGACUUUGAGGAAACUUGAGUUGAGCGGUGUUUUUGUUUUUUUUUCCCCUGCAGCUGCCACGGUCGGACUCCGUGACGCGCGCCGUGCGCCCUCAUCCAUCCAGCGCGACUCGCCAGGAUGAAUAACAGCGGCGCGUAUUGCAACGACAGCCAGACGGACAAUCUGACGCAGCCGCCCUGCUGGACGGCGAGCCCCACGACCUACAGCCAUGUCGACAUCACAACCUUUAUGCACAUCUUCCCCUCCAUCUAUGGCCUCCUGUGCUCCGUGGGAGUCAUCGCCAACGGACUUGUCAUCUACGCCGUGGCAGCGUGCAAGAAGAAGAUGGUGUCCGACAUCUAUGUGCUCAACCUGGCCAUCGCGGACAUGCUCUUCCUGCUGGUGAUGCCCUUCAACAUCCAUCAGCUGGUCAGAGACAGGCAGUGGGUCUUCGGAAACUUUAUGUGCAAAGCGGUGGUGGUGGUAGACGUCAGCAACCAGUUCACCACAGUCGGGAUUGUCACCGUUCUGUGCAUCGACCGGUACAUAGCGAUCGUUCACCCGACCUCAGAGAAGAGGACCAUCCAGUGGACCAUCAUCAUCAACAUCCUGGUGUGGCUGGGCAGCUUUCUCCUCACCGUUCCCGUCAUGAUGUAUGCCAACGUGGUGCAACGCAACCACCUGGAGGUCUGCAUGAUGCUGCUGGACGGCCCGGAGGACAUGUACUGGUACACGCUCUACCAGUCCAUCCUGGGCUUCAUCAUACCGCUCAUCAUCAUCAGCACCUUCUACUCCCUCACCCUCUACCACGUCUUCAGCUCCAUCCGCCGCGUCAAGCGGAAGCAGUCGACCUGGGCCAGGAGAGCCACCAAAAUGGUCCUGAUGGUCAUCGCCCUGUUUCUGGUGUGCUGGUCGCCCUACCACGUCAUCCAGGUCAUCAACCUGACCAACAACACGCCGACCCUCACCUUCAUCUACGCCUACAACAUCAGCAUCUGCCUCAGCUACUCACACAGCUGCAUCAACCCGCUCAUGUUGCUGAUUUUUGCUCAGAAUUACCGCGAGCGUCUCUGUCGAAAAAACGGCCUUUUCACUUCUCACCACUCGUCCAAGACCACCGUGGUCAAAACGGACGGUUCCAGCACCAUCAACGACAACUACCGCUCCACGGUCAUCUAA